AUGGCGACUUCAGCAACGCAACAAACAAUGUUACCAUUGGCCUUUGGAAUAGAGAUUGAAUUUCUUUUCGGGAUCGAUAAUGCAAAGGCCGCCGCUAAUCCAGCAUACGAGGAUAUUCUCAGAAACAACAUCAUCCUUGACAGUGAUCAGGUUGAUGAAAUCUAUGAUCCAGAGUUUGACGAUGCGUCUGACCGGAACGCGGAAGGACUUUUUCAAGCGGCGAGUGCCCUUCGCCGGAAAGGUGCUAAUCUGAGAAUCCGAUUCGCAGCUAAGUCCGGCGGCCUCGAGGACUUUAGCCGCUGGAUCCUAACUCAGGAGGAAGCUGUCGAGUUUCCGACGUCCAGUGCAGAAUUGUCUGCUUACACAAAUGGUGAGUUUAGGCGCUGCGAAAAUUGUGCUUUUGCUGGGCUGGAGCUAAUCAGUCCAAUCUUGAAGGUGCCAGACGUGAGGGAGGGGUCGCUCAACGGACUUGUCGAGGUAAAUGAGUUUCUGGGUCACAUGAGAGGAAGACAAGAUGUGCCCUGCUUUUUCAGUGCUGAGCCGAAAAAUGCCAGCAUCCAUGUGCACAUUGGCCUGCCGCCCACGGCUGGUGGUAAGGCGGUCGACUUGCCACUCAAUCUUUUGCGGCAUCUUGCUUUCAUCUGCAUCGCGUUCGAAGAUGUGAUCAGUUUACUUCAUCACCCUGAGCGGUUGGGCUUCCCGGACACGAAAAUCGAGCUCUAUGCAAAGCCGAACAGGGUAUUUCUAGGGAGAAACCCCGUCACAUCCCCGCUCCACAACUGCCGCGAAGGCCCAGAAUUUUCCGCGCAAGACGAGUUCGUCAAGAUCUUCAACUACGGCCAUGGCUCUGACAGAAUGGACCGCGCUCGUCUGUGCGGAAUCUUGUGUUCAAGAACAGGCUAUGACAUAAGUAGGUCAAUCUUUGUCAACUUUUCGAAUAUUAUGCCCCCGCCUAGUCCAGCACCACAUUCGAAGAAGACGGUCGAGUUCCGUCAGCAUCACGGCACGCUUUCGGUCGAGGAGGUCAACCAAUGGGUCUUCUUUGUCACUGCACUCGUUCGCGCUGCAGAGCGCAAGAUGAACCAAGAGUCUGUUGAGGUCCCACUGCCAUAUGACUUUAUUCCCAAGGUCAUUGAGAAGCAAGGGGAUUAUUCCAAGCAGAUCUUGACAGUCCAACAGGCCUGGAAAUAUCCGGAAAUCAUGUGGAACAAAAAGCGCAGCCUGAAGGAGUUGUUUGACCUGCUGGAUAUGCCUCUUGAGCGGCGAAUGUGGUGGUGGCAGAAGGCAUCAUACUCCCGGUCCAACGCAUUCAAGGAGUACCGUUAUCUAAGCACAUGUGCCGCGCCUUGCGACAAUCCGCCUCGGAGGGAUUGCGACGGGUGGGACGGAGAGGGAAUACCUAGGCCUUACUAA